GUUAUUCCCCAAGUAAAAUGGGCCAACAUUGUCCACCUUCAUCUGUGGGCCGUUUAGGCCUUCAGUAGCCCAACAAAAAGCCCAGUAAAAUUCCAAACCUAAUAUAUAAAAUCUCGCAAUCUAGGGUUCAAGGACAAUUGCUUCGCUGCUGAAAUCGCCGGAGAUAACAUUGUGAAUUCUCUUCACUACUCUGCAACAAUCUUCUUCCAGCAGCCAUGAUUAUUCCAGAGAAGAACCGUAGAGAGAUCUCCAAGUAUCUCUUCCAAGAGGGAGUGUGCUAUGCAAAGAAGGAUUACAACUUGGCCAAGCACCCAUUAAUCGAUGUGCCGAAUCUACAAGUGAUUAAGCUGAUGCAGAGCUUCAAAUCUAAGGAGUAUGUUCGUGAGACAUUUGCUUGGAUGCAUUAUUACUGGUACCUUACAAAUGAUGGCAUCGAGUUCCUUAGGACUUACCUUAAUCUUCCUUCUGAAAUUGUACCUGCUACUCUGAAAAAAUCUGCCAAGCCUCUUGGUCGCCCCAUGGGUGGUCCUCCUGGCGACCGUCCCCGUGGACCUCCCAGGUUUGAUGGCGAUAGGCCAAGGUUUGGCGACAGGGAUGGUUAUCGUGCUGGACCUAGAGGUGGUCCACCUGGUGAGUUUGGAGGUGAGAAGGGUGGAGCUCCUGCUGAUUACCAGCCUGCUUUCAGGGGUACUGGUGGAAGGCCUGGAUUUGGGCGUGGAUCUGGAGGUUUUGGUGGUGCUCCCCCCAGUUCAAGCUUCUCUUAGAUUCCUUCCAUCUUAGUUAGGUUGUUGUUGCAGUUUUGAAUCAGAUGUUGGAAUCAAUUGGUUCAUUUUCUUGUUAAACUUUAAUAUCCAAGCAGGGCAAUUUUAUCUUUGUGGAUCUUUAGAGAACUAUAAGUGGUCUGUUUCUUGUUCGUUUUGUGUUUUCAAGCUAUUGAGCAUUGAGAUAUACGUACAAAUUGUGUUAUUGAAAGUGAAGGUCUCUGAAAAUGAUAAAUCUUUGGUUGAAA